AUGCAGAUGCUGUCGACAAAAUCGACACACUACGCUCUUCCCAACCAUAUCCAGAGGGAAGAUGAUCUAGCGGCAGGGGAACAGGCCAUGGUGGCUGUCGCACUGAGACGCAGAGAGGCUGUGGAGACGUUCCAGAAUCUGUACAAGCAAGACGAGAUUUUUGAGGACGCGAAGCAGAUUGAGAUAAACCCAUUGGGCGAAACGGCAGAUGGGCAUAUUCUCUGGUAA